AUGCUUGCCAGGGAUGAGGAGCAGUUGCUGAAGAAGCACUUGGUGCACUGGCGUGGAAUCGGCGAUUCUUUCCUCAUCGGGUUGGAUUCGAGAAACAAGGAUAGAUCGGCAACGACUGCAGUCAGCAUGCUGGCGCCCAAACCCAUCCAGGUCUAUCACUUUGACUUCAACGGCUUUGGACCCAGCAAGACCAGACUACUGGAGGAGAGCCACAGGAGGUUCCCGGAAAUGGACUAUGUCCUGCUGGUUGAACCCGAUAUGUAUCCGGUGGCAAGCAGCUUCAACCGCGCUGCCCUACAGCAGAGAGAGGUUGUCUAUGCAAUCCGUCGGUCUGGCAAAGAAUCCUUAGGUGAACGUUUGGCUGACAGUGUGUUCCGCAAUGAUGGCAACUGGUACUUCAAGUUCCGCGUCCAUGAAAGCCCCUUCUAUCGUCGAUCUGAUGGGACUGCUGGUGUGCCUGAACAUAUCAGCGAUACCGGCUGGUCAGUUGUGGAGAUUACUGGCAGUUCAAGAGACGGACAGGCCCGACAUCAUCGGAUACGAGAGGAGCUGCGGCUGGUGGAGGAGGACCUGAAGGAUUUCCCGGGCCUUCCGCGUCUCACGUACUACGCCGGCGUGCUGCGCUACGACCUGGCGAUGGCUGCGGACGCCACGCGCGCGGCCACGGUGACGUUGGGCCGGGAGGCGGUGAAGAUCCUGCAGCGACGCGCCAAAGAUGCCGGGAAGAGUCAGGAAGAGAAGCAGCAAAGGUCGGCGGCUGCGUACUUCUGUGGGAGGGCCUAUCUUGAUGUGCUCGGGCAGCCCAUGAAAGCUGAGAAGUGGUUCAAAAAAUCCAUCCAGUUGGAAAAGGACUUUCUCUAUGCACAUGUUGCGCUGAUCCAGAUGUUGUUCCAGCAAACACGCCAUCAAGAAGCCUUUGACCAAGCCGUUUUGGCGGAACGCCUGGGUCCACCACAGUUGAUAGCGGGCCUUUGCAUGUCUGCGACAUCCCACUGCUCCUCAGCAAGGCCAUCUACUAUGGAUACUCCAAUGCCACGCUGA